GAACUGUCAGUCGCGGUUGCGUAGAUGGAGUUGACGUAAUCUCUUCGGUAAAUCAAGGCAGUCUAUCAAUUCUUUUUCGCUUGUGUGCAGAUACAGGACUUCCUUUUUAAUUUAAACUGGAAAACAACGGAAAAAUACGUCGCACGCAUUGGAAGUCCGGCGGAGGAGGCCGCUAUAAUGGGUGUUUUUCAUAAAAGUGGACGUUACAACCAAUGUUCUGCUUGCAGAUACUGAUAAACACUGACGCCCAUAGUGGUCGCUGCUCCCGUAUGGUCCCGCUGUCGUCUCACUGAAAACCUCCAAAAGCAGGAAGGACCUAUUUCUGAAAAAAGGAAGAACAAUCCUCUUCGGAUCCGGCCGUAAACGCCGCCGCCAUGUCGGGGUCUGUGAAAGUCGCGGUCCGGGUUCGACCCUUCAACUCCCGGGAGAUGGGGAAGGACUCCAAGUGCAUCAUUCAUAUGCAAGGCAACUCCACCACCAUUUCAAACCCUAAAUUCCCCAAGGAACCAGCAAAGAACUUCAGCUUUGAUUACUCCUACUGGUCACACACUACACCAGAGGAUCCAGCUUUCUCGUCACAGAACCUCGUGUACAAUGACAUCGGGAAGGAGAUGCUGCAGCACGCCUUCGAGGGCUACAACGUCUGCAUCUUCGCCUACGGCCAGACGGGGUCUGGGAAGUCCUACACCAUGAUGGGCAAGCAGGAGGAGGGGCAGGAAGGCAUUAUCCCCAUGCUCUGCGAGGACCUCUUUGAGAAGAUCAACGAGGACAACACUCCAGGGGACCUGUCCUACUCAGUGGAGGUCAGCUACAUGGAGAUCUACUGCGAGCGCGUGCGCGACCUGCUCAACCCCAAGAACAAAGGGAACCUGCGCGUGCGAGAGCACCCCCUGCUGGGCCCCUACGUGGAGGACCUGUCCAAGCUGGCCGUCACCUCCUACACCGACAUCGCUGACCUCAUGGACGCCGGCAACAAGGCCAGGACGGUGGCCGCCACCAACAUGAACGAGACCAGCAGCCGCUCCCACGCCGUGUUCACCAUCGUGUUCACGCAGAAGAGGCACGACAACGAGCCCGAGCUCUGCACAGAGAAGGUCAGUAAGAUCAGCCUGGUGGACUUGGCCGGCAGCGAGCGAGCCGACUCUACGGGGGCCACAGGAACCAGACUAAAGGAAGGCGCAAACAUCAACAAGUCUCUGACCACGUUAGGGAAGGUCAUCUCUGCCUUGGCCGAGGUGGAUAACGGUCCCACCAAGAGCAAGAAGAAGAAAAAGAGUGACUUCAUCCCGUACCGAGACUCCGUUCUCACCUGGCUUCUCCGGGAAAACCUCGGCGGGAACUCCAGAACCGCGAUGGUGGCCGCCCUCAGCCCCGCAGACAUCAACUACGACGAGACGCUCAGCACGCUACGCUACGCCGACCGCGCCAAGAACAUCAAGUGCAACGCGGUGAUCAACGAGGACCCCAACAACAAGCUGGUCCGGGACCUGAAGGACGAGGUGACCCGUCUGAAGGACCUGCUCCGCGCCCAGGGCCUGGGCGACAUCCUGGACACACACAGUGUUGCGGGCAUUAGAAUGCAGCUGCUGAGCUCUCUGACCGAUGCCCCUCACAGCCGACCCAAAGACCUCAAAGACAUGCAGAACAAUGAGCACCGAUACUUGCUAGCCUCAGAGAACCAACGGCCUGGCCUCUUCUCCACAGCGCCCCUGGGCUCCCUGACCGCCUCGCCCUCGUCUGGGUCGCUCUGCAGCCCGGCGGGCCUGCAGUCGGCCAGCAGCAUCCAGGAGCGCAUCAUGUCCACCCCCGGGGGGGAGGAGGCCAUCGAGAGGCUGAAGGAAUCGGAGAAGAUCAUCGCUGAGCUCAACGAGACGUGGGAGGAAAAGCUCCGGAAGACGGAGGCUAUCCGCAUGGAAAGGGAGGCCCUGCUGGCCGAGAUGGGCGUGGCCAUCCGCGAGGACGGCGGGACACUGGGCGUCUUCUCCCCUAAAAAGCCCAGCCACGUUGGGCCCUUUGUGUGUUUCCCCGGCGAUAAGCAUUUCGCUGAGAAGCCCUGCGAUCUUUACACAGACUUUAACGGGGUGUUCUCCCCGAAAAAGACCCCCCACCUCGUUAACCUGAACGAGGACCCCCUCAUGUCGGAGUGCCUCCUGUACUACAUCAAAGACGGGAUCACCAGGGUGGGCCAGGCGGACGCGGAGAGACGGCAGGACAUCGUUCUGAGCGGCGCCCACAUCCGGGAGGAGCACUGUGUGUUCCGCAGCCAGAGGAACGCCAACGGAGACGUGAUCGUCCUGCUGGUUCCCUGCGAGGCGUCAGAGACCUACGUCAACGGUAAACGGGUGGAGGACUCCACCCAGCUGCGCUCAGGCAACCGCAUCAUCAUGGGCAAGAACCACGUGUUCCGCUUCAACCACCCGGAGCAGGCCCGGGCGGAGCGGGAGAAGACCCCCACGGCGGAGACCCCCGUGGAGCCCGUGGACUGGACCUUCGCCCAGAGGGAGCUGCUGGAGAAGCAGGGCAUCGACAUGAAGCAGGAGAUGGAGAAGAGGCUCACCGAGAUGGAGAUUUUAUACAAAAAGGAGAAGGAGGAAGCAGACCAGCUCCUGGAACAACAGAGACUGGUGUACGAGAGCAAACUGCAGGAGCUGCAGAAGCAGGUGGAGACGCGCUCCCUGGCGGCCGAGACCCCCGACGAAGAGGAGGAGGAGGAGGAAGAGGAGGAGGAGGAAGAGCCUAAGCUGUUAGGAUUGCCGUGGACCCAGCACGAGUUUGACCUGGCCCAGUGGGGCUUCAGGAAGUGGAGGUACCACCAGUUCACCUCUCUGCGCGACCAGUUGUGGGGCAACGCCGUGUACCUGAAGGAGGCCAACGCCAUCAGCGUGGAGCUCAAGAAGAAGGUCCAGUUCCAGUUCGUGCUGCUGACGGACACCCUGUACUCCCCGCUGCCCCCCGAGCUGGUGGCCCCGGAGCCCCAGAAGGAGCGCGACGCGCGGGCCUUCCCCCGCACCGUGGUGGCCGUCGAGGUGCAGGACCUCAAGAACGGGGCCACCCAUUACUGGUCCCUGGAGAAGCUCAAGCAGCGGCUGGAGCAGAUGAGGGAGAUGUACGACCGGGCUGGAGAGAUGGCCUCGACCAAUCAGGAGGACUGUGAGGGCACGAUGACAGGAAACGACCCCUUUUACGACCGCUUCCAUUGGUUCAAGCUCGUGGGGAGCGCCCCCAUCUUCCACGGCUGCGUCAACGAGCGGCUGGUGGACCGCACCCCCUCCCCCACCCUCUCCACCACCGACUCGGAGAUCACGGAGAUGGCGGACGAGCGGCACAGCGAGAUGUCGGACCUGCUGGACGACGAGGCCUUCGUGGACGACGCCAGCUCGGACGCCGGCACGGAGGAGGAGGGCUCGGACCUGUUCAGCGACGGCCAGGACCCCUUCUACGACCGCUCCCCCUGGUUCAGCCUGGUGGGAAGGGCCUUCGUCUACCUGAGCAACCUGCUGUACCCAGUGCCACUGGUGCACCGCGUCGCCAUAGUGACGGAGAAGGGCGAGGUGCGCGGCUUCCUGCGGGUGGGGGUCCAGGCCAUCGCAGCUGACGAGGAAGCCCCUGACUACGGCUCGGGGGUGAGGCAGUCGGGGACCGCCAAGAUCUCCUUCGAUGACGAGUACUUCAAAAAGAUCGACUUCCCCCCCAUGGUGAUGACCCGCUCCGGUCUCUCCCUGGAGGAGCUGCGUUUCGUGGAGGGUCAGGGUCAGAGUUCAGAGGUCAACACACCCUCGGAGGAGCUCAACAGGAUCAAUGAUAUGGACCUGAAGCUGAAGGAGGGCGACGGCAAGCUGCUGGAGGGCGGGGAGCUGGCCGGCCAGCUGGAGGUGGGCAGCGUGUUCACCUUCCGCGUCACCGUGCUGCAGGCCAGCGCCAUCCUGCCCGAGUACGCUGACAUCUUCUGCCAGUUCAAUUUCCUGCACCGUCAUGACGAGGCGUUCUCUACCGAGCCGCUGAAGAACACGGGGAAAGGAGCUCCGCUGGGCUUCUACCACGUCCAGAACAUUUCGGUGGAGGUGACGGAGUCGUUCAUCGAGUACAUCAAGACCAAGCCCAUCGUGUUCGAGGUGUUCGGUCACUACCAGCAGCAUCCGCUGCACCUGCACGGCACGGAGCUCGUCAGGUCUUCUGCCCCCUCCAGGAAGUACUACCCCAUCCCGAUGCCCCUGUCCAAGCCAGUGGCCGCCACUAAACUCAACACCAUCACCAAGUCCAACCUGGGUCAGUGUGUGAGUCGCUACGACCUGCUGGUCUGGUUCGAGAUCAGCGAGCUGGAGCCCACCGGAGAGUACAUCCCAGCUGUGGUGGACCACAGUGGGGGGCUUCCCUGCCACGGCACAUACCUGCUGCACCAGGGCAUCCAGAGGAGGAUCACCGUGACUCUGAUCCACGAGAAGGGCAGCGAGCUGCACUGGAAGGACGUCCGCGAGCUGGUCGUGGGUCGCAUCCGGAGCAAGACGGAGGUGGACGACAGCGCGGCCGACGCAGUCCUGUCACUCAACAUCAUCUCCGCCAAGAGCAUCAAGUCCUCACACAACUCCAACAGGACCUUCUACCGCUUCGAGGCGGUGUGGGACAGCUCUCUGCACAACUCCCUGCUCCUGAACCGGGUCACCCCCUACGGAGAGAAGAUCUACAUGACCCUGUCCGCCUACCUGGAGCUGGACCACUGCAUCCAGCCUGCCAUCGUAACCAAAGACAUCUGCAUGGUGUUCUACUCCCGGGACGCCAAGAUCUCCCCCCCACGGUCCCUCAGGAACCUCUUCGGGAGCGGCUACUCCAAGACCCCCGACUGCAACCGAGUGACGGGCAUCUACGAGCUCAGCUUGUGCAAGAUGUCCGACACAGGAAGCCCAGGCAUGCAGCGCCGGCGGAGGAAGGUGCUGGACACCUCGGUGGCCUACGUCCGCGGGGAGGAGAACCUGGCGGGCUGGAGGCCCCGGGGGGACAGCCUGAUCCUGGAGCACCAGUGGGAGCUGGAGAAGAUGGAGCAGCUCCACGAGGUGGAGAAGACGCGCCACCUGCUGCUGCUGAGGGACAAGCUGGGCGAGGCGCCCCCCACCUCCACCACCACCACCACCACCCACAAGUCCCUGAGCGAGUCCCUGUCCCCCAGCAUGAGCUCGGGCACGCUCUCCAACUCCACCUCCAUCUCCUCGCAGAUCUCCUGCACCACCUUCGAGAGCGCCGUCACCCCCAGCGAGAGCAGCGGCUAUGACUCGGCCGACAUCGAGAGUCUGGUGGACCGCGAGAAGGAGCUGGCCACCAAGUGCUUACGUCUGCUGACCCACAGCUUCAACAACGAGUACAGCCAGCUCUGCAACAGCAUCAGCGACUGCAAGCUGUCGGACAUCUCGCCCAUGGGUCGCGACCCCUCUGUGACCAGCUUCAGCAGCGCCACCCUCACCCCCUCCUCCACCUGCCCCUCCCUCUCCGACUCCCGCUGCGGCUCCAUGGGCCAGAAGACCCCGGAGAAUGGCUCCCGGGCCUGCAGCCCGUCCUGCUCUGACUACGAGUCGUUCCCCGCGGUGCCCAGCCUGGAGGCCUCCUUCCUCGCCCGCGCCGGCAAGAACGAGUUCCUCAACCUGGUGCCCGACAUCGAGGAGAUGAGGCCAGGGUCGGUGGUGUCCAAGAAGGGCACGCUGAGCUUCAUGGAGCCGCGCUCCAACUCGUGGGUGAAGCACUUCGUGGUGGUGCGCCGGCCCUACGUCUUCAUCUACAACAGCGACAAGGACCCCGUGGAGCGGGGGGUCCUCAACCUGUCCACCGCCCAGGUGGAGUACAGCGAGGACCAGCAGGCCAUGCUCAAGACCCCCAACACGUUCGCUGUCUGCACCAAGCACAGAGGCAUCCUCCUGCAGGCCAGCAACGACAAGGACAUGAACGACUGGCUGUACGCCUUCAACCCCCUGCUGGCCGGGACGAUAAGGUCCAAGCUGGCGAGGAGGCGUGGCCCGCUGGUGAAGAAGUGAGGAGCGGCGUCGGCGUGGGGGCUCCAGGCCCCCCCCCCCCCCCCCCCCCCCCCCCGAACCAAGUGUUAACACUUAUUAACCAUUGUGAUUCUUGACGGUUUCCUCUCGUAUGUAGACCCCGUGGCUUCAGUCUCCUCUUAUCAAGUACCUGGGCGACCGGUCCUUCCUCUCCCGCUCCUCUUCCUCUCUAUUCCCUCUCCCUCCCUGGUUUUUUUUUGUGUUUCAAUGACAAAGUUGUGGUCUAUUUUCGGGCUUCUCCGCUGUCAUCCCUAAGCCCCGCCCCUUCCUUCGACUACUAGUAGCAUGUUGUAAUAGUCCACUUGUGUGUGCACGAUUUCUCCAGCAACAGCCCCCCCCUCUGGCCACUUUUAUUUCUCAGUCGAAUAACCGUCUGUAAAGAUCGUCUAUCUCUAUCAGUGUUACCUGUCUAUCAAAAAGAGUUUUAUUUUUUUGAUUCUUAUUUCGUGCCCGCCUUGUCCCCUGCAGCGGUCCUCAGGAGAAGACCAGAUUUUUUGCUUAUUCGCAACAACAACAAAAGAACCUUAAUGUAACAUAGAAUUAUAACCGAAUUAUUUAGGAAAAAAACCCGAUACUUCAUGCUCCAAGGGCAAAUGCGGUUUUUACGCCCUCCUAUGGGAGGCAAAGCUGGCUAAAGAACCAAUGCUGCUAGGGAUUCAUUGAGGCUUCUCACGCCAGCCGUGGGACCGCGCAUUAAGACGCCAACAUUUUCUUAAGUAGAAGUUAGCUCCACCCUCCCCGAGUCUUCUCCGCCUUUAGAUAAGCGAUAAGCAAACAGAAAAAGAGAAUCAGUUAAGGAUCCUUUAACGGCCAACACGGCCUCAAGGCUGUGUUGUCUUUUUUUAACUGACACCUGUAGUCCUGUACAUACACCAGUCCACAGUAGUGCCGUGAGCCAGUGACUUCAGUUAUUUUCAAAGCGAUCAUGCUUAGGCUUGUGUGUGUUUUUCAUUUGUUUAAAUCUAAAUACACGCUAAGCAAAGGGAUAAGCAAUUGCAACAGAGGGUCCUCGACAUCACUACUGUAAAAAAGAUUAUAACAUUCGAUAGCUGUCAAGCGACAGCAGAUUCUAUAAGUCCCCGGUAUCGCGUCUGCUGCCCGGCUCAGAGCAGACAAGAGCAGCAGAAUGUCAAGUCACCAAAAGAGGGUUUUUCUUUGUAACGAGGCCAGGAGUUAAGCAACAGCGUUUAUACAUAAACCUCCUCCGCCACAUUCCUCUCAGAGCAGGAUCGGCCGUUUGCACAUUUCCUAGCACAACACUUAAACGUGCAAAGCUCGGAAAAUCUGAUCUUUUGCAUCCCGUUUUUUUUUUUUUUGGUGUGUAUUUUUGUUAUUUUCUGAUCAUUGAUGUUACAGACAGAACGAGUGGAGCGACGAUAGCGAGAACCAAGGGAACGGGGGGGGGCUGGAUGAAGGUCCAGCCACAUCGUCAUGACAACGUGAACGCUGUGAGGUUAUGGGCUGUAUCGUGGGCUCAUACGGUUUCAGGGCACUGUCGGUUCGAUUACGAGUUGCUUGCUAGGUUGUGGAUUUGUGCAUCGAAGGAUUUACAGUACGUUUAACUUUUUUGCAUUGUUGAGGCUCGAUAUUCUAACCUGGCUGAAUCUUAUCUGGUUGAUAUAGUUUUUCUAAUGGAUUGUUUUUUGCUUUCGUUAUUAUUAAACAUCUUUAUUCAUUUUGUAUGAAUAGGGGUACUCCGCAGAAUAAUUUGAUGGGGAAACUUGAGGGGGCAUUUGUUUCUGAAGGUAUAUCACUGUUUGAUCUUGAUUUGCACAUUAACACACAGUAAUCAAUGUGUACGAUCAACCGAUUGGACAUAUUCUGUUCAGGAUCAAUACUACGCAGCGCUUCUUCAGAACAAAACCUUUAUGAAGUAACGCUGACUAGAGAACACACACUGACUAAGCUAGCGUUCUUGGUCAGUCUUUUCUGAACGAUGCUUCAGGCUUUAAGACAGAAGUUGUAUCAAAGGGACUCGAACGCUCUUCAUUCUCCCUGAUUGUCUAUGAAAACAUUUGCUCUGUACGUCUACGAUCAUUGGUGCACAUCAUGUGUGGUCCUUAGUGACCCAUGUCCCUGUCUCUUCCUAUGUACUGCAGCGUGAACGGUAACAGUAUGGGCAUGAGGCGCCACUGGCCAGCCAACCAGAAGUGGUGCCGUGCUUUUAAAGAGAAAAGUUCAGUUUAGGCCAUGGGAAGAGAGGCAGAGACACUCUGUUCUGACCCAGGGCACUCCCAGCGUGCUCGGAGAGUUGUACAAUAGAACGCAGCUCGACGUCAGCGGAUUGGUUCUCCAGAGAGAUGAGGAGUAGGCUGGGAGGAGUAGGCACGCAGGUCAACCAGCCUGCCAGUCAGCCAACCUCAAGGCCUCCCUACCGGCUGGGGGGGGGGUUUAUGGAACGAUCAUAUACAAUAUUAGAAAUGUUAUCGAUAGAUUAUGGGCCGACUUCUAUGCACUGAUCAAGUAAAGGGGUGGAUGUUUCUACAUUCCAUUAUGAAUAUCUGUCAGAGCAAACGUUUUCAAUUCAGCUACUAACCCGUUGAGGUGGUGUUUAUUUUUGGAUUGUGGUAUUUAUUUUUUGUUGCAAUGUACAUAUUAGUUUGCAGCUCUUUGCACAUAUUAAUAAAUUAAGAAAUACGGUAUGGGUUAACGGAUCAAUGAAGGUCGUGUGCGAUUCAGUUGUUCUACUCAGAAGAAACCAAACGGUGAUGGUGGCCUCUUCGGUCUGACCUGAGAGAGAUGAAUGUAGAGUGUGUGUGUGUGUGUGUGUGUGUGUGUGUGUGUGUGUGUGUGUGUGUGUGUGUGUGUGUGUGUGUGUGUGUGUGUGUGUGUGUGUUUCAUUGCUGAGAAAAGAAGCACUGAAUUAUCUCGAUGUGGGUUACAUCAGUUUGAGCGUCCUUUUUUUUUUUUAAGUAGAAAAUGGUUUGAAUUUUUCUUUUUUAUGCGAUUUGUUUUGAACUCAUUAAACAGUUAGUCUUGCCGCUUUUAUCGUAACAAAUCCAGUAUGGAAUGCUUUUUGACUUACUAUGAUUUAUCUUCUAAUAUCAGGGAGUACAACACAUGGUAGCGAUUGCUACUUCACCCAGAACGACAUUAUGCUAUUCUACACAUCCUCCUCCUCCUCCUGCUCCUCCUCCUCCUCCUCCUCACUUCAGCCAUUUUCCCACGAUGCCUUCAAAUAAAAAAAGACAUAGCCGUUAUAUUUUGCAUUCUCCCCUUUUCAACAAUAAACAUCCAUCGAUCAGGUCCGGGUGGGCGAGACCACCCAGAGUGGACAAACCAAGACAUUAACACUGUAUAUUUUUGUCUGAUUAUUUCAUUUUCAUACUUAUUUUGUAAAUAUAUGUGUUGUAUGGGGCUUGAAUUCAAAUGUAAAUAUGUUUCCUGUAUUUGUAAUAAUUAUAAUCCAUUCGCUGUAUAGCAUAGAUGUGUCAUGCAGAUAACCUGAUUCUGUGUCAUGUUGCACCAUUGACCUGUUUAGUGAAUGAGGUAACAAUAAAGUAAAACCGUGCAUUAGCA